UUGGCGUCGCUGGGGUCGGCGCCGGGCAGGACUGCGGAGGGCCAUGGGCGAGCCGCCUCCGUUACCUCUGACUUUUGAGGAUGUUGCCGUUUAUUUCUCGGAGCAAGAAUGGCAGAAGCUAGAGGCAUGGCAGAAGGAGCUUUACAAGCAUGUGAUGAGAACCAAUUAUGAGAUUCUAGUUUCUCUAGAUGAUGGACUUCCCAAACCAGAACUAAUAUCGUGGAUGGAACAGGGGAGAGAGCUCUUCAGGAAUUGGGGAGAAUCACAGAAAUCAGGAAACAUAAUUUGCUCUUCUGCUGAUUUGCAUUUUGAUCAAGUUAUUGAGGGACAGCUGUUUUGGGUUUCAGGGAGCCAGCAAGCUGUGAAUUCAGGAAAAACUAAAUGCCAUUUCCAGGUGGAUCCUCUUCAGAGCCAGUGUUCCUCUGAACCCUUGUUAGGAAAAAGUGAAGAUAUUUCCUUCAUGCCUGACCAAGGCCUCACCCUCACAAACCCACACAGACAUGAUACAUGCGCUCUAAUUCCAGUAGUUCACAGCUGCAGGGGACCCACCCAAAGAGAAAGAAUCCCAAGUCCCAGAACACUCGAUCUCCCUGGCUUCCAGGAAAUCCCCUCCUGCGAAGCCACCCAGUACCCUUGCCCUGCCUGUGGGGAAAGCUUUUGGAAGAAGAACCACUUAGAGAAGCACCAGAGGAGCCACUUGAAGGACCAGCCACGUAGGGCCUGGAAGAAAUUCAGCAGACAAGCUGAUCCACAGCAUCAGCGGAGCAUCCCUCGGGGACAGAGGCACUUCCGAUGUCAGGAGUGUGGGAGGAGCUUCCGCCUGAAGCAGUAUUUGCUUAGACAUCUGGCCACACACGCAGAGAAGAGCCCCCUGCAGUGCCCUGAAUGUAAAAUCUGCUUCCGUCACAAGCAGGCCCUUCUCAGCCACCACCUCCUGCACAAGGGGGAGAGGCCUCCCCAAUGCCCCACGUGUGACAAAAGCUUUCUCCUGAAGAACAGCAUGCCGGCUCACGAGGGCCACCACAGCGGGGAGGGGCCAGUCUCCUGUAGAGUAGGUGAGGAGGAGGCCGAACUCACCAGUGUGCACUCAGGAGAGAAGCCAGGGCUGUGCCUGGCAUGUGGGGAGCACUGCCACCUGAAGGGGAUCGGGGAGGCUUUCCAGUGUGGCCCCGCCGGGGAAAGACCCUUCUCUUGCACUGAGUGCGGCAAGCACUUCCUUGCCUGGUCCAGGCUCGCCAGCCACGCCAGGGUGCACACGGGAGAAAAGCCUUUGCAGUGCCCGCAGUGUGACAAGAGCUUCCACCUGAGCAGCCUGCUGCAGGUGCACCAGUGUGUGCACAGUGGGGAGAGGCCGUUCUCCUGCAGGAAGUGUGGCAAGAGGUUCGCCAAACAGUGUAAACUCACGGAACAUGGCCGGGUCCACAGCGGGGAGAGGCCGUUCUGGUGUGCCAAGUGUGGCAGGACUUUCCGCCAGAGGGGACAGCUGCUGAGGCACCAGCGCCUGCACACUGACGAGAAGCCCUUCCAGUGCUCCGAGUGUGAGCUGAGCUUCCGUCUGAAGAGCAUGUUGAGAGCCCACCGGCUCCGACACGGCGGGGAGAGGCCCUUCUCCUGCAGCGAGUGUGGCAGAGGCUUCACCCACCAGUGCAAGCUGCGUGAGCACCUGCGAGUGCACAGCGGGGAGAGGCCUUUCCAGUGCCCUGAGUGUGACAAGAGCUUCCGCCUGAAGGGCAUUCUGAAGGCCCACCAGCGCACCCACAGCAAGGAGAGGCCAUUCUCCUGUGGGGAGUGUGGCAAGGGCUUUACCAGGCAGUCCAAGCUCACUGAGCACUUCCGCGUGCACAGUGGGGAGAGGCCCUUCCAGUGCCCCGACUGCGACAGGAGCUUCCGCCUGAAGGGGCAGCUGCUUAGUCACCAGCGCCUACACACAGGAGAGAGACCCUUCCAGUGCCCAGACUGCGACAAGAGCUAUCGCGUGAAGGCCGACAUGAAGGCCCACCAGCUGCUGCACAGCGGGGAGAUGCCCUUCUCUUGUGAGUGUGGCAAAGGCUUUGCUAAGCAGUCUAAACUUGUCGAGCACAUCAGGACACACACGGGGGAGAAGCCUUUCCAGUGUCCCAAAUGUAACAAGAGUUUCCGCUUGAAGGCACAGCUGCUCAGCCACCAAGGCCUGCACACAGGGGAGAGACCUUUCCACUGCCCCGAGUGUGAUAAAAACUUCCGGGAAAAGGGACACAUGCUUAGGCACCAGCGCAUACAUAGGCCUGAGAGGCCAUUUGCCUGUGGGGACUGUGGUAAGGGCUUCAUUUAUAAGUCUAAACUGGCUGAACACCUCAGAGUGCACACAAAAUCCUAUAAUGCCCCAAACAAGCCUGACAUUAAGAAAAGGCUUAGCCAGCUGUUUGCAAUGAUCGAGGCCGACUGGAGUUGAGGCGGGGUAGGACAUUCAGAGCAUUCAGCAGGAUUGAUAUUGCCUGGGAAUCCACAGUAGCUGUAGCCAAACGUACUGGCAGACAGAUUUUAGGAACAGGGCCCCUUUUUUGAGCAAGAGUGUUGUACAAGUUAGGAAUAUGAAGAACCACAGGAUUUUCUCAUUUAAAACAUCACCAGUGGGCCGGCCCCGUGGCUUAGCAGUUAAGUGCGCGCACUCCACUACUGGCGGCCCGGGUUCGGAUCCCGGGCGCGCACCGACGCACAGCUUCUCCGGCCAUGCUGAGGCCGUGUCCCACAUACAGCAACUAGAAGGAUGUGCAACUAUGACAUACAACUAUCUACUGGGGCUUUGGGGAAAAAAAAAGGAG